AUGUGGCCGCAGGUUUCGCGCUAUCUACGGGCUUUCCCACGGCCCACCUGGCUUUCUCGCGCGAAGGGAAAGGGAGGCCCUCCUUCGCGGUCGGAGUUGUCUCGCCUUAUGCAGGACGCCUCCAGCUUUUUCUACAUUGUUUCUCGCUGGACUGUUGCGGUGUCUCUCUGCUCCCUAUGUCAAGCGUACAUCGUAUGGGUCGAGCAGACUCGCGGCCUGUCGAUGGAGCCAACGCUUCCAGCCGACGGCGGUCUCCUCGUCGUGGAGAAAAUCAGUCGGCGGAUUUACGACAGUUCUCUGUUCACUGGCCACCCAAAGUUAAAACGUGGGAGCAUCGUUUUGUUGGUUCCACCAGACGGCGAAGGAGUCGUGUGUAAGCGAAUCAUCGGCUUGCCAGGCGACGUGCUGGAGGUUGCCAGGGAAGAACAGCAGUUCGUCGGCUACGAACCGGUUCUGGUUCCUCCUGGACACGUGUGGGUCCAGGGCGACAAUGGCGAAGCGUCUCUUGAUAGUCGCACGUACGGUUGUGUCAGUCAAGGGUCCAUCCUCGGGACUGCGAUGUUCAGUCUCUGGCCUCUUCGCUUUCUGCCGCGCACGCCUCCAUCGAUGAACGGAACUCGCAUUAUCGCGUCCAUUGACAACGCUUGA